AUGAAGUCUCCAAUCUAUCUCCUCACUGCACUGCUGCCCCUGACCUUGGCCAUACCCUCCGCCGAAGAAGCCGACGUGGACGCCGACGAGAGCGACGUUCACCUUGCGGCUCGGGCGUCAACAUGCAGUUCAAACAACCAGAUCAACUAUUACCAAUGGCCUUGUGUCAACAGGGGCAGCUAUCAGCCGCAGCAGAAAGUGGAAUACCGGUGCAAGUGGAGAGACGGUGACUGGUACAAGACCACUAGGGGUUGGUGGGUGAGAGCAAGCGAUGUCCCAACCAGAUGCAAGAACAGGCUGCCCACCUGCGGCGUCUGA